CAUGAUAGAUAAUCGGAGCUCCGGUCAGGGUUUUCGGGGAUUGAACGACAAGGCAACGAGUCUCGUUCAGACCCGAGAGUCGUUGGCAAAGUUAGGGCACAUACGAUUACGAGGGAACUAGCCAGAGCAUAGUACAACCGCUGAACUGGGCGAGGAUGGGGUCAUGCAAAUGUGCACUGGAGCUAUGGAGGAAGAAGCAGGUAGAUGUUGUGAGGAUCUUGCCAAGACUGAGGUGGUUGGAGUGCCGGUCUUACCAUUCAGCUCAAGUCAAGCCUGAUAAGUUGCUGGCAGCGUUGGAACCACGUUUUGGAAUGCAAUAUCAUGCAAACACAAAUCAUAUCAUUAAGGGCAUACUUAGAGCUAAUGGAGUCCUUUUUAGAAGGCCUUAUGCUGGAGGUAUGGUCCGUUCUUGGCCACCUUCACAACUCAUGAAGAACUAUGGUGCAAGUCCUGUGAUUUCUGUCUAUGCUAGAGCCAUGUCAUCACAAGCAUCAAAGCAACCAGGACAAAAUGAAACUGAGAAUAAAAAGGAAGUAUCUACCGUUGAGGAUCCCUUUGAUGCUCCCACAUAUAAUAUCCCAGAGAAGCCAGUUACAUUUGCAGAGGGGGCUUCUUACUCUCUUAUCAUACUUUUGGGCCUCGGAAUUGCUGUUGCUGCAGGAUAUGCUGUUUUCAAGGAGCUUAUAUUUGAACCAAAAGAGUACAAGAUCUUUGGAAAAGCUCUAAAAAGGAUCCAAGAUGAUGCUGAGGUUAGGGUGAGAAUCGGACACCCUAUUACAGGUUAUGGCCAAGAAACUAGAAAUCGUGCUGCUCGUCAACGCAUUCCCAAUAGGGUAUGGACAGAUGAAGAGGGUGUAGAGCAUGUAGAGGUUAAUUUUCAUAUUCGGGGUCCACAUGGAGCUGGGAAAGUUUUCUCAGAGAUGUACAAAGACCAAGAGGACCGGCAAUGGAAGUACACAUAUUUAAUUGUUCAGAUCACAUCACCUUCCCCAACUCAGUUGAUUUUAGAGUCCUAUUUACCAGCCUAUUCACCGGCUUAAAACUCAGCAAAUAAUCCAGCUGUAACAGUGGUUUUUCCUGUACCAAAAUUGACAUGCGGUAGGAACAGAAUCUGUUCUGUUAAUAAUCAUUCUUUUUUCUUUUUUUUCCCCCAUAAUUUUUCUAGAAAUGGGUCACGAUGGAAAUUUUCCCUACUUUUUUUCUUUUUCUUUUAUAUUUUUUGUUUUUUAAACAAAUUUUGAUCUACCGGCUACAGGAGCUAUAGUGACCGAGUUCGGUCUAUGAUGCCACAUGGGAGAUUUGAUUUUAUAUUUUAUUUGAAUUUGGAUGGUUCUUACUC